GCGGACUGUGCAACUAAAAACCCAGUAUCAGCAAUUUUUUCUCGACCCGGGGGCGGUCGACCAUGACAUCUGAUACGUGUGUCGACUGUCGCGAGCGUGACGCCAGCGUCAAUAUCCGGAACAGGCGGUUAUGCGCAGCCUGUUUCAGUCGAUAUGUGACCGGCAAAGUUGCGAAGCGGAUGGAGUCUUAUCGGUUUACAACUCUCUCACCAGACCAGAAGCGCCGACUAUUUCUACCUGUGUCUGGUGGCAUCUCCUCCCUCGUCCUACUUCAGAUUCUUGAUGAUCAGCUUCAAAGGCAAAUUGCGAAGCGCAAUAGAACAGCAUACGAUAUCGUCGUAGCUCGCGUGGUGCUUCCCGGUGAGCAAGACCAGCCGAUUGACGCGAAAUGGUAUGAAGACCUGAAGACGAGCUUCUCAAAGCAUACCUUCCUGCCUUUGCUUGCGCUUCAUAAUGUACUACGUCUUGACAGCAGGAUCGUCCAGGAUCUCGAAUGCCUCGGACUUGCUCGAAAAGUGAAUGAGUCAGAUGAGGAAUUGUUCGACCGCAUAAUGUCCUCGACUACUUCAAACACAGCUCGAUCAGAUCUCCGAUCGGUUUUGAUGCAGCGCCUUCUGGUGGCAGCUGCCAAAAAAGAGGAUUGUGAGGGCAUCCUUUGGGGCCAUUCUGAUACUCGUUUGGCCGCAUUAGCACUUGCAGACGUCGCCAAAGGUCGAGGUGGGUCUGUUUCCUCCGCGAUCGCUGACGGCCCGUCGAUGUACGGGAUCGGUUUCAACUAUCCGCUGCGUGAGCUCUACGAAGCUGAACUGCAGACAUACGGUCUUGUGGCAUCCGAGCCGCUAUUGCAAGAGGUGGCCGAUCGCGCGGCUCCUGUGCAGGCUCCAGCCAGCAUACGCACGACGGCUAUAGACGACCUUCUCAGUACCUACAUUACCUCCCAGGGCGAGAAAUAUCCCAGUAUCAUGGCUAAUGUGGUUCGAACAGCGAGUAAGCUCGAAGUCAGGAGACCGGAUGGCACAACCGCUGCUUGCCGUUUCUGUGUUAUGCCGAUGAGGGGGCAACUGGGUGGUCAGACCAGAACAACAGACCUCUGUUAUGGGUGUCAGAGAAUGAGACAAGACAUCAGAACUUGAUUACAUUGUUCACUAUCGAGGGCUACAAGGCUACAUACUACAGAAUGAUCCACGAAAAGGCACUGGACACAGAGUGGAGGAAGAAUAAAGUCAAAUU